AUGUCUUUCUCAGUUUCGAGUUUUACCCCAGAGAGCAUUAUUAAAACACUUUACUCUUUACCCAACAAUGUUCACAAAAAUGAGCUAGGACUGUGGUUGGAUCUGUCGUAUAUAACUCAACAGCACAUUGUUUGUUCAUGCCCAGUUCUUAAAUAUCCGAAACUAGUGUACCGAAACAAUCUGGUUGAUCUAAUAUCGUACUUGAAUUCGAAUCAUGGAAUUGACAACUGGAGAAUUUACAAUCUCAAAGCUGAACGAGGAACGUCUGACUACAAAGACGAAGACCUAGCAUCCGUGACUUCACGAGUAAACCUUGCUUAUGUGUCAAGCACUGAAUGUAAAUCCCUAAUUCCAGAUGCCUUUGAUCAGUCAUCGUUAAACUUCGCUCGAGAAGACAUACCACCGUUCGCCUCUUAUCACCAAAAUACAUCUGAAAAAGAGCAAAAAAUGAGCCUUCGUCGAUAUGGAUGGCUUGAUCACUCGCCACCACCAUUCAUACUACUACAACCGCUGUUGGAUGAUUUGUACGACUACCUUUCACAAGACAAUGCCAGGGUAGCUCUUUUACAUUGUAACAUGGGCAAGGGCCGAUCUGGAACAGUGGUGAUUGCAUACCUGAUGAAGUAUCUCAAUUGCUCAUCGCGCGAGAGCAGUGAGAUUUUCACGAACAACAGAUUUAGGCCAAGGUUUAUGAGGAGAGUCACUAUAAGAUCUCAACUGAGAUAUCUUAGGUACCACGAACUACUACUCCAUCUCGAAACAUCCACCCUUGGCCCACCACUUUUAGCAGAGGUUGAAAGGUUUCGCUUUAAGAUCAAUAGCGUUGAAUUAUUGAAUCCUUUCCCUCAUUUGAAAUGGAUCUCGAAAACAUGCACCAUAUUCAUGAAGAUACACACCUACACGAAAUCACACGAUGGGCUGUUAGAAAUCUUCCACAAAGGAUAAAAUGAGCUUCUGUUUGACGACAGCUCGAAUCAGCGAAUAGCAACGGUUGAAGUUGAUACAUGUGCCUUGGAGAGCGACGUUCGAUUCUCUUUCGGGCUAAAGUUCAAAUCCAAUGACAUACUGAGCAAUAUGGUCGAUGCCCAUUGUCGGAUGAAUCAAUAUUGGGAGACUUUUCUCUGCAGCAGAUGUACUUCACCAAAGUCAUAUUCUUUAGAGGAAUUGAAGCAAGAACAAAUACAUUGUCGAGGUUGCAAAAGCUUAGCACUAUUUGCAAUCGAAUGGGAAGGAUUGGAUGGAUUUAAAGGAGCACGAAUUAAGGGCCCGAAACUUUUUGAUAGCGUGACCUGGAGGUGGCAGUUAGUAUAA